GACGUCGAACGUCGUCGACGCGCGCGCGCGCGCGAGCCAUGGCGCGCGCGCACGUCGGAUCGCGCGACGCCGCGCGCGUCGCGGCCGUCUGCGUCGCGUCGACGCGACGACGCGCGCGAAUCGGUGACGCGACGAAUCGACGUCGCGCGCGGUCGACGCCGCGCGACGCGCGCGGCGCGCGAGGGACGCGCGCGACGGACGGUCGACGCGCGACGGGCGUCGCGCUCGACGACGGCGACGCCGCGCGCGAGGGCGCGGCGCGACGCGCGGCUGGGACGCUCGGUCGGGCGGCGGCGGCGGCGUGCGCGGCGCUCGUCGUGGCGAGCGGCGGCGGCGCGAGCGCGGCGGACGACGUCGAGAGCGUCGCGCGCGGCGAUGCGACGAUCGAGCGCGCGCAGAGCGGUGAAAUCGUCGGUGAGGCGUCGACGGCGGCCGAGGUGAGCGCGCCGGGGGUGGUGAUGGCGAACGGCGAGACGGCGCCGAACGCCGAGGCGACGAAGUCGGAAUCGAAGAGCGCGACGACGAACGCCGAAACGGCGGAGAGUAAGCCGAAGAGCGAAAAGCCCGAUCGACGGGGACGAAUGAAACAACUUGCAGAUUUGCGCGAGGAGCUCGCGGAGCGCGAGCUCGAACUCGAGAGUAAGGAGAAUGAGUUGCUAAAUCGCGAUCAGACGGUGCAGGUGUUGCAACAAGAGCUCGAGUUGAAGACGAAGCUCUACGAGCUGAUGAAGACCGAGCGGGAUAAGGCGAUCGAGGAGUCAAAGUUAGCGAGUGGGCUGUGCGCGCAGGCUCAAAUUGGCGGUGGAUUUUGACCCGAUCGUCCGG